AGUAAAACGUGUAUCAGCUGAGCUGGCUGAUGAGAAAACCCUCUUUCACAAUACGUGGUUUUACAACAUCAUCGUAGUGGGAUGGAGAAUGACAUCCUCGUCUCUCUGGAAGAUUUAGGGUACCAGGGCCCUCUGUUGGAGGAAGGAGCUCUGGAUUCUGCUCUGAGUGGAGGAGCAGCUUCUCCUGAGUUUACUAAGCUCUGUGCCUGGAUCGUCUCAGAGCUCAGACUCUACUGCAAGUUGGAGGAGAAUGUCCAUGCCACGAACUGUCCAAGCGAGGCGGAGGGCUUCCAACUGGAGAUGAGUGGUCUGCUGUCAGAGCUCGCCUGUCCUUACUCUGUCCUCACCAGUGGAGACAUCACCCAGAGGCUUCUCAACAGGACUGACUGUCUGCUGCUGCUCACCUUCCUGGUAUCUGAGUUGGAGGCAUCCCGGAUGAUCCUGGUUAACAAGCCUCAGAAGAAAGCCCAGGAGUCAGGCAGCCCUGUGUUCCAGGAGCUGAAGGGCAUCUGCGUGGCGCUGGGCAUGUCCAAGCCACCCGCCAACAUUACCAUGUUCCAGUUCUUCAGUGGGAUUGAGAAGAAGCUGAAAGAAGCCCUAAGUCGAGUUCCACCAAAUCACAUAGGAGAUCCUUUACUGAAGAAGCCUCUCGGACCUGUGCACCUGGAAAAGAUUGAAGCUAUAAACCAAGCACUGGUGAAUGAGUAUGAAGUCAGGAGGAAGAUGUUGUUGAAACGUCUGGAUGUGACUGUGCAGUCGUUUGGAUGGUCUGACAGAGCAAAGAGUCAUGCUGAAAAGUUGGCCAAAGUUUACCAGCCUCUUCGUUCUUCUCUUGGCACCACGACUAAAAUCUCUGUUGCUCAUCUUCUGGCUGCUCGACAAGACUUCUCCAAGAUCCUCCGCACAAGCAGUGGCAAGAUCAGAGAGAAGACUGCCUGUGCUAUUAAUAAGGUUCUAAUGGGCCGAGUGCCAGACAGGGGAGGCCGACCCUGCGAGAUUGAGCCUCCUCCACCAGAGAUGCCCACCUGGCAGAAGCGUCAGGAUGCGCCCCAGGGUGGAGGACACUAUGGUGGGGGUGGGCACGGAGGUGGCAGAGGGGGCUACGAUCACUACUCCCAAGGUGGCCGUGGAGGCUACGAGAGAGGACAUGGAGACAGGGGAGGUAGAGGAGGAGGAGGUGGCAGAGGGGGGAAGGUGCAGGGAGGCUGGGGAGACGGAGGUGGAGGUGGGAGAGGCGGUUACAAUCAGGGUCACUUUCAGGAUGCAGGAAGUCAUCAUGGGGGAGGAGGUAGAGGUGGUUACGGAGGAGGAGGGAACAACCAAGGGAGCUUCCAGGAUGCUGGGUAUCAUGGAGGAGGAGGAGGAGGAGGAGGAGGAGGAGGAGGAGGAGGCGGUUACCAUGACAAUUACCACCAAGAUGGAGGCUGGCAUCACGAGAGAGGCGGGGGUCGAGGAGGUCGGGGGGGCAGGGGAAGGGGAGGCCGAGGAGGAGGAGGAGGAGGAGGAGGACAAGGACAAGGGGGAGGCUGGGGAGGGAGAGGAGGCCAGAAUUUUAACCAAGGAGGACAGUUUGAACAGUUCUUCCAACACGGCGGGCAGCACUACAACCAAGCUGGCUUUAAUCAAGGCAGACACUACACUAGUUGAAGACACAGUGUGAGGUACUGCAGCAGAGUCCACACAAACAUCCACCACCUCUCACGUGUGAAUGGAUUUAAAAUGCCUUAUCAUCACCAUCUAAAACUUUCAGAAUGGUUAAAAGUUGACUGAACACACACAGAUACUGUGCACACUCACUGUAGACUGAUCUGGAGCUAAUGCUUUACUACAGGGAGGGUAGUCCUAUGCUUUUUCAUCCUGGUGUGUUAAAGUUUUCUUUGCUUCUUAUGUACAAGUAAUCAGACCAACAGCUAUGCUAUAAACAGUUUGUCGAUCAGUUGGGCUCUGCUGUUUUGACCUCAUUGUGCCACUAAAUUAGCCUUAUAUCGGACAUUUGUUUGAAAGACAGGAAAGGUUCCUCGGAUUUCAGUGUUGAUGCACCUGCUGUGUAUCUGACACAUGAAUUAUUACAUGAAUAAUAAUUCUUGAAAUUCUUCUAGUUAAAUUGAAUUUGACAGUUAUUUGAAAAGAGCUUCAUCGUUCCAGUCCUCGUUUUGUUUCAGUAGAUUUGACUGGAGACUCAUUUGUUACUUAUUUAAGAGAUGUCAUCUUGUUCUGCUCCUGGAAGAUUGUGUGCAUACAGACUGGAUGUUGGAAGGUUUGCAUGGAUGUGUAAAUAAGCAAUAAAACCUGAAAUGAGAAUAUUAA